CAGUUGCCUCCCGAGCGCUGGCUGCGCCGCCAGAGCCGCGGGGCCAGGAACGCACUGGCCGUUCGCUCCCGGGCCGGCUCCUCCAGGCGCUCGCAGCAUGCAGCCCGGGAGCAGGAGGCGCGCCCCGAGUCGCCGCUGAGCCGGCCGGGGCUGCGGGGACCUGCGCCAGCCGAGCCCCUCCCACCUCGCCCCGGGGCAGACGAGCGGCGCCCCGGCACCCCCUCUUCGCCCGCAGCCCCGCCAGCGCCACCCCCCGCGGGCCGCAGGGUCUCAUGCAGCCGCCAAGGGAGAGGCUAGUGGUAACAGGCCGAGCUGGAUGGAUGGGUAUGGGGAGAGGGGCAGGACGUUCAGCCCUGGGAUUCUGGCCGACCCUCGCCUUCCUCCUCUGCAGCUUCCCAGCAGCCGCCUCCCCGUGCAAGAUCCUGAAGUGCAACUCUGAGUUCUGGAGCGCCACAUCAGGCAGCCACGCCCCAGCCGCAGACGACACCCCUGAGUUCUGCGCAGCCCUGCGAACCUACGCCCUGUGCACGCGGCGGACGGCCCGUACCUGCCGGGGUGACCUGGCCUACCACUCGGCCGUCCAUGGCAUAGAGGACCUCAUGAGCCAGCACAACUGCUCCAGGGAUGGCCCCACCUCGCAGCCACGCCUGCGCACGCUCCCGCCGGCCGGAGACAGCCAGGAGCGCUCGGACAGCCCUGAGAUCUGCCAUUACGAGAAAAGCUUUCACAAGCACGCGGCUGCCCCCAACUACACGCACUGCGGCCUCUUCGGGGACCCACACCUCAGGACUUUCACAGACCGCUUCCAGACCUGUAAGGUGCAGGGUGCCUGGCCACUCAUCGACAAUAAUUAUCUGAAUGUGCAGGUCACCAACACACCUGUGCUGCCCGGCUCAGCCGCCACUGCCACCAGCAAGCUCACCAUCAUCUUCAAGAACUUCCAGGAGUGCGUGGACCAGAAGGUGUACCAGGCUGAGAUGGAUGAGCUCCCAGGCGCCUUCGUGGAUGGCUCUAAGAAUGGUGGGGACAAGCACGGGGCCAACAGCCUGAAGAUCACAGAGAAGGUGUCAGGCCAGCACGUGGAGAUCCAGGCCAAGUACAUCGGCACCACCAUCGUGGUCCGCCAGGUGGGCCGCUACCUGACCUUUGCCGUGCGCAUGCCGGAGGAGGUGGUCAACGCCGUGGAGGACUGGGACAGCCAGGGCCUCUACCUGUGCCUGCGGGGCUGCCCCCUCAACCAGCAGAUUGACUUCCAGGCCUUCCACGCCAACACUGAGGGCCCCGGCGCCCGCAGGCCAGCAGCCGCCAGCCCAGCACCCACGGCCCCCGACACCUUCCCCUAUGAGACGGCCGUGGCCAAGUGCAAGGAGAAGCUGCCAGUGGAGGACCUGUAUUACCAGGCCUGCGUCUUCGACCUCCUCACCACAGGUGACGUGAACUUCACGUUGGCUGCCUACUAUGCCUUGGAGGACGUCAAGAUGCUCCACUCCAACAAAGACAAACUGCACCUAUACGAGAGGACUCAGGACCUGCCGGGCAGGGCGGCGGCAGCGGGACUCCCUCCAGUCCCCCGGCUGCUCCUGGGUGCCCUCGUCCUGCUCCUGGCCCUGCUCCCUGUGUUCUGCUAGAUGCGUAGAUGUGGAGGGAGGCGUGGGCCCUGUCCCCUCGGCGUCUCCAUCUGUGGGCUGGGACCGGGGACCGCCAGUGGGAUGCAGAUCCAUCCCCUGGCCUGGCCCCUGUGGUCCCGCCUGCUGGCAAAGGCUCAGGCCCCUCCCCCUCUAGUGCACGUGACAAGGUUGUGGUGACUGGUGCCGUGAUGUUUGUGACAGUAGAACUGCGUGAAAGGGAGAGCAGCUCCCCUCGCCCCACCCCCGCAGUGUGAAUGUGCAAAACAGCCCCUCAGGCUGAAGGCCCCCGCCCCCACCCCCACCAGAGAGACACUGGGCACCGUCAGAGUCAGCUCCUUUCCCUCGCAAUGCACUGAACCAGGCCCGGCCGACUGCUGCUCGCCGAUUCUUGGGGCCAUCUCUGCCCGCCACGCGCGCACACACUUUCACAACAGAGCACACUCAUACCCCCUAGGCCAGCGGGGAUGCCCAGGCCUAGCCACCCUGGGAGGCUGCCUUGGGACUUGGCCCGAGCCAGGGAACCCCCAGGGCACUGCUCAGCACCUUAGCCAACUGACGGAGCCUUUUGGCCUGGAGGUAAUGCCCACCUGAUGCCUUCUCACUGUGGCCUCAGGGCAGCCACCAUGCUACCCCGGCUGUGGUGGGUACCAGCUGCAGGUCCUGGUUUUCAGGCACCUGCCCGGCUCUGGCCCAGGCCCCCACCCCCUCAACCCUGUGCUUAGGAAGUUGAAGUGCUUGGUUCUAAAUGUCUAAACAGAAGAGAUCCCUGUUUCUCUGCCUGCCUCAGAUGCCAGGGAGCCUGGGCCACGGGGUGCAGCAGGAGAACCCGUGGAUGGGGUCAGCCGGCCUGCCCUCAUCCUCUGCCUCCUCACCAGCCCAGGAGCCCCCACCCAGCCCACCCACAUCUGGAGUCUGGGGAGAGGAGCAGGGUCUUGGGUUUCUCAGCCCUGAGCAUCCCUUGGAGGGUCUCCAACCUCUAAUAUCUUCCUUUAAGCCCAGUUACCACCCUGCCAGGAGAGACAAGGCCCUGGCUCCCGCCUCAUUUCAGCUCAGGCUGCCCAUCGAGGAGCCCAGAACAGUCCCCCCGUGCCCACAGCACAAAGUCAGGCUUUCCUCCAAAAGGUGCAGCCCUGCCCCUCCCCUCCCCAUGCAUCGGCGGCAGCCCCUCUGCUGUUCCCCAGGGACCUCUCAUACACUGGCCAGGAUGCUGCAGAACGUGUCUCCCCCUCCCUCCAAGAGGUCCUGCUCCCUCUGCCAGAACCACGUGGGCAGCAGGGAGGCGGCCUGGACCCAGCCUCUCCCUCUCCCCGCCGGUUUUUGAUGGUCCCUAUGUUGGAAGUAAAAAGUGAAGCACUUUAUUUUGGUUGUGUUUGCUCACGUUCUGCUUGCAAGUGGGGACUCCUCACUGCGUCCACGUGUCUGUGACCUGUGUGGAGCGUCACCCCGUGUACAUACUGUAAAUUAUUUAUUAAUGGCUAAAUGCAAGUAAAGUUUGGUUGUUUUGUUAUUUUCUUUU